AUGAACGUGAACGAAGAGUCUAAGUCUGAUAUUGAGAAUAAUAGAAGCAAGAUGAAUCAGUCUGCUCUAUCAAAUUCUGAUGUCUCAAAGACGAUUCAUCUGGACAAGAGCUCAAAUCCCACUCUUAUUGACCUAAUGGGAGAUGAUAUGAGCAAUAGUGCUCAGAGUGUUAAGGACAUUAUCUACAGAGGAAAUCUUGAAGAGCAGAUUAGAAGGGACAGAACACAAGCUGACAAGGAAAUGGCUGAAAAGAAGCUUAAAGAGGAUAUUAUCCUAAAAAGUGAUGGGUCCCAGUAUCGCUUUUUCAAGUCUAGCAUAGAUAGUAUCUGCGACAAAGAAGAUAUACAUCUAAAAGACUAUAUGCAGUUCUUGAAAAAGUUUGCCUUCAUAAUGAUCCUCCUUUUUUGAAUGUACCUGACCAACUUCGGGAGUAAUGUCUCUGGAGAAUACCUCCUCAGCAAUGAUGAGUUUACCGGGUUUGAAGAGCUAUCAAUUGCUAAUAUAAACGGGUUUGAAGCUAUGUCAAGGUUUGAUAUAGAGAAAGAAAAUGGUAUGGAUCAAGUAGAAAGCUCAAAAUUUCUGACUGGUGCAAUAGAUUUCUUCGCUUCCCUCAUGCUUCUUGGCAUGAUCACUCUAAGAGAGCGUAUGAGAAUCUUUGCAAGUGAUUACUCUGUUAAACUGGUAAAUAUUAGCAAAGAUUACAAAGGAGAUAUUGAGAGUGAAAUUAAGAAGAUUUUUGAUAGCAAGUUCGGGAAAGUCCAUGCAGUAGCAGUGAUUAAAGAUACAGGAGAUAUUCUUUGAAAUCAAAUUAAGAUGUCAAAGAUUAGCAGAAAGGUUGGGGAUCUUAAAGCACGGAAUAUGAUUCUAGGGGUAGAGGAAUCAAAAAAGUUAACCAAAUUUAUCAAUAUGGAGACAAAGCAAAAAGCUAAGCUCGAAAGAUUAAUUGUGAGCGGAGGAGCUACUUCAAUUAAAGAAGUAUAUGUUACCUUUGAGUUACCAGAACAUAAGAAGAAGUGAAUUGAAGAUAGCAUUGAAAUAGGAGAAUUUAUCACAAAAGUGAGAGAUCCUUCAAAGAAAAAGUUUAUAAUUCACAAGAAUCUGCAAAAUCCUAAUCAAAAGAUAUACGAAAACGUCAACUAUCCAAACGCUUGGAAACUCAUCCGACUGCUGGUCAUCACUAUCAUAUUCACAUCAAUUGGAGUUACCUUUGUAGCAUUGAUUGCGUCAGGGAUUAACUCUAACUAUAAGUAUCUGAAGACCCACAUGGAAUGAAUGUCUUAUGAUGAAGAAGAUUACACAGCUUCUCUUCUUGCUACAUCCUCUGAAACUAUUCUCACCUGAGUAUGUCAUUUAAAAGGAGAUUCUGUAAAUUCAGAUGCUGAGAUGAAGAAACUCUGUACCAAGUACCAAGACACAGAAUCUGACACGAUAGGUCUUCAAGUUCUUAUGGGAAUAUUUCUAGCUGUUUUAAAUAUCGCAGUAAAACAUGGCUAUAAUUCCUUAAGAGACGUAUACAGAUUUGGAAGUCUUAGAACCAGGAAUGCUGUUCUUUUCAUGCAGAUCUACCUGAGUAUAGUGAUCUUUAACCUAGUUGUACCUUUGUGCGUGUUUGCCACCCAAUUUGACGAACCUACUAGGAAAUAUUACAUUGCAAUUUCACCUAUGUACUCACUUUGGAUGAUCUUCACUGUAGGAUUCCUUCCUGUGGAGAAAUUCACUUAUUGGUUCUGGGUAUGGUUGAGAAGAAAAAUGAAACAGAAAUCCUGAGUUCUUCAAAAAGAAUUAGAAGAUAACUUAAGAAGAAAGGAGUUUGAUUACUAUCACAAGAUUCCUUACCUAAUGGGUCUGCUAACAGUUGUGAUGUACCUCGUCAACGGAAUUCCAUUUUUGUUGUUGAUGUUUGCCAUAUUUGUCUUUUUGUAUUUCUGGAUUGAAAAAUUAUUGGUUUUGAAAUUUUACCGCAAGCCAAAAAAUUUAGAUGGAACCCCAUUUGCAAUGGUGGAUUAUAUGGUAAUUCUCAUCUUAAUAGCUCAUGUGUUCUCUUGUAUAUCAACCUUUGGGACAGCAGAUAUUUUCCCAGAAAGCUCUAAGAAGGUACAGGGAACAAGAAAAGGAUAUUAUACAAGCUACUAUCAGGUGAAAGAGAAAGGAUUUUUUGAAAAAUUUGGAGCUGUCAUAAAUAUUCCUUACCUUAUCAUGUUAGUAUCAAUUAUCGUGUUUAUGACUAUUUGUUAUCUCUGCAGAAACAAAAUAUGGUGGAGCAAAUUCAGAUUCUUUUCAAUGAAUUUCAGAUAUAAAUACAAGUACAUCCCUCCCUCAUUCACAAGAACAAAGAAUUCAGCAGUCAUUGGAGAAGUAUCAUACAACAUGGCUGAUCUUGAGAAAUAUAAAGAAGCUUUGGCAACCUUUGAUCUAAGCAAGAUUAAUGAUGAAGCCUUCAAAUCAAGCUACAGUCAGUUGUUCCAGACUAGUAAUGGCCCCUUCGAUACAUUAGCAAAGUUGAAUCUGCAUAGUUCUCCUGAUAAGACUGGUGACUCUUUCAAUAAGUCUAAUUUGUCAGGAUUAACAGCAAUGAACGACCCACAAAAAAUAGUUGACAACCUAAAGAACAAAGACUUGAUGAUUCGCAAAGAGAAGCAUAUCAAAAAUCCUAAGGUUCAGGUAGUGAAGGAUGGCAAGAAUUUUGAUAGGAAAAAGACCUUUAUUAAAAAUUGGGAAUUUGAAGAGCCAAAUCAAAAAUCAGCCAAUCCAGAAGACUCAGAAAGACUCGACGAAGAGUCUUGGGAAGAAGAAAAUAAGAAAAAUGUAGAUGCAAAACAGAAUAAGCCUAAUGGACAGGAAGUAAAACCUGCAGAGGAUAAUCCUACAAUGGCAGAUAAGGUUCAAAGAAUCAAAAAAGAGUUUCACGUGAGCGCUGUUUUGAAGAAAGUAGAAAAUUAAAACUUAUUCGGAUAGGUAGUAAAAGAUAGAGAAGUUACAAUAUUCAACAUGUAACUAAUAAUUAAUUUAUAUAAGCGUUUCAAGU